AUGGCAAAUCCUCUGUUAUAUAAGCCAAUCCUCCUGCUGGAUGGCGGGCUGGGCACGACGCUCGAGGAUGCACACGGUAUAAGAUUCUCGUCUACAACCCCACUAUGGUCAUCUCAUCUUCUGGUCGACGGCGUUGAGACCCUCAAAACGGUCCAGCGCGAUUUUGCAGAAGCUGGAGCAGACAUUAUCCUUACUGCCACCUAUCAAGCGAGCUUUCAUGGCUUCAAGAAUACUCGAACUACAAACGAAGACGGCAUUGAACGGGAAGACGCAAAGAGAUAUAUGCUCUCCGCGGUUAGGAUUGCUCGAGAAGCGUUCAAUGGACGACCAGGCCUGGUGGCCUUGAGCUUGGGUGCAUACGGUGCUACGAUGGUUCCUAGCACCGAAUACACCGGAGAAUACCCUGACAUGACUGAGGACGAUCUUCUCAGCUUCCACCUCGAACGGAUCUUGACCUUUGUGGAUAGCCAAGAGUGGAAGGAUGUUGAUCUGGUCGCAAUCGAGACUUUGCCGAGGAUCGACGAAGUAAGAGCAGCCAGGAGAGUGAUGCAGAGAGUGCGCGACAAAGAAUAUUGGAUCUCGUGUGUUUUCCCUCAUAGUCGUGAGGAAUUGCCUGACGGGACUGGCGUGGAAGAGCUAGUCAGGACCGUGCUGGAAGGAGAGCGAAGUCCAUACGCAAUCGGAAUCAAUUGUACAAAGGUUUCCAAGGUUGCCAGUUUGAUUAAGAGAUUCGAAGCAGCCGCAGAUAUGCAUGGUCUUGACCUUCCACGACUGGUCAUCUAUCCCGACGGCGCUGGCGAGAAGGUGUACGAUACCAAGUUGCAGCAGUGGGUAGGCGAUGACGAGGGCCAACUGCGGUGGGAUCAGCAAGUAUACAGCAUUGUCAAGGAGGUGAAGGACAGAGGUAAAUGGAAAGGGAUCCUUGUGGGUGGAUGCUGCAAGACCAGACCGGGCCACAUCAAGAAGUUGGCUACGAGACUGCAGGAGUUGAGAUAG